AUGCUCCAAAACAAUAGCCUCAACGCAAAACAAGGACGUAUUCAUCUAAAAGACCUCUGCACAACAAUAAAAAUCUUGUCAGAUCAGGAAAAUACGGGAUUUAAAGAAGAGUACAAGGAGAUUCCUAAUGGCGAGUUACAUCCAUGUGAAGUUGGUAAAAGAGAAGAAAACAAAGUAAAAAACAGAUAUACUACAACAUUUCCAUAUGAUCAUACUCGUGUUACUCUACAAGAAUCGAACAAGAACGAUGGUUAUAUCAACGCUAACUACAUUAGGGAUCUUUCUGGAGAAAAGAGAUAUAUUGCAACUCAAGGUCCAAAAAAGAAAACAAUUGCUGAAUUUUGGGAAAUGGUGUGGCAAGAGACAGUUACAACAAUUGUUUGCUUGACAAAUCUUAAAGAAGGGACAAGGGAAAAAUGUAGACAAUACUGGCCAAACAACAGUGCAAAAAUCCAACACGGACACUUUGCAAUUCGAAACAAUGAAGAAAAGAACUAUGCAAAUUAUGUUACGAGGAAUUUUCAUGUGCAGAAUAUUGAUAGAAAAGAAGAGCGAGACGUGCGGAUGUUUCACUAUACCCAGUGGACAGAUCAUGGUGUCCCUGAAGCUUUGAACCUUGUCAUGUUCCACCGACAUUUCCUGAGAUCACUUUCAGGAAAUUCCCUCCAACACAAAAUUGUAGUACACUGCAGUGCUGGGAUUGGGAGAACGGGUACCUUCAUAGCUCUGGACGCCCUUUACCGGGACGGCUUGAGUUCAGGGUCUGUAAAUGUGAAGGAAUUCGUAACACAAAUGCGCCAUGACAGAAUGAACAUGAUACAAGGGGAGGAUCAAUAUAAAAUGGUCUAUGCUGCUUUGUAUGAAUCAUUCAGAGGAGAUCUACACCCUGUUGAUGCUGAAACCUUCCUUUCACAGUAUCAAAACUCCUCUUGUUACGUCAAUCUAGGAGAGGUAGCUAAUAAGAAAUCACCAGUAGAAGAUCAGUUCAAGGAGCUUAAAUCUCUGAAUCCAUACCACACUGUAAAUAACAGCGUGUCUGGACAUGCAAAUUUUGGUGCUAAUUUUACUGAGGAAGAUUUACCAAACCAGAAAUAUAAAUGCUAUGUGCUCUCCGACGAUGACAAAGAAGUGCAUUAUAAUAAUGCUGUUAUCUUGCAGAGUUUUACUAAACCUGACGGAAUUAUAAGUGCCCAGUAUCCAAAUGAGAAUCAGUGUGAAGAUUUCCUUUACCUAGUACGAAAGAGUGGAGCUGGAACGUCGAAAUGUUGGUUUCCAUCUAAAAAUGAUACAAAGGUUGUGGGAGAUUUCACAGUAAAAAUGAGAAUCUGUACUCCCUCCGACUGUGUUACGAAAACAAACAUCAUUAUUCAGAAAAAGGGCUUCAAAGACGUAGCUGUUUCUGUUCUGGAAUGUAACUUUUGGAGGGAGGAUACCGUGGUUGCUGAUUGUCGAAAGGUUCUUAAUGUGAUUACAGAAACCCGACUUAUAGAGUCUACCCGUCCUGACAGUAGAACGCUAGUUUUGUCAAGUGACGGUGCAAAACGGUGUGGUCCAUUUUGUGUUGCUUACAAUGCAAUUGAGCAACUAAUUCUUGACAAAGAGGUUGAUAUCUUCACAACAACGCGAUUGAUACAAAUUCGUAGGCCAGAUAUGAUAUCAACUAUUGAAGAAUACCAAUUCUGUCAUGAUCUUAUAGCGGAAUAUCUACAGAACGAUACAGUCUAUGCCAACUAUUCAAAUUAAUAUGCAUCUAUUGCUUCUGGGGAUUGAAGGAACUUUCUUUCUUUUUACGUUACCAAUAUAUUGAAUUAGACAUGGUGUAGCAUUGAUCUUUUA